UCAUGUUUCUUGCUAAAAAAAUAAAUCAAUUUAAGAGAAACUAAUUAAUUUAAUUUGACAGCGAACAACGAAGCUAUCAACUAUGAAGAGUUAAAAAAAGAUUUGCAACAAUUUAUUCAAACUACGGUGGAAACUGUGGUGGAAAGGUGCUUUGAUGAUCAUUUCUCCAAACUGACUGCUCUGAUGCAAAUGAACAUUAAAUCUUCUAACAAGACUACUCUGGAAGUAGAUGACGACCCUGUUGAAAACCACCUGUCCAUUGAUAAUGAAAUUCAAUUGCACGAGUGGAAUGUAAUGUUGGGAAACGAAGAUCUCUGCGAGAAAUAUCUAGUAUAUUUCACACGGAUUAUUCCACCAAAUUCAUACAACGGAAAUGGGGACAAUGCUUGCUACACGAUCGUCGAUUGCUUGUUCACAAGAGAGUUUUGGACUCGUUUUACCUGGACCGGUAUCAGCAGAGGUACAAAAUCAAAACGAGGAUUCCGGGAAUUCGGUAAUAUUUUGCAGCUGUUGGUGAGAUUAGUAUGCAUUGGUGAUCCAACAUACCAUGCACAUAAAUUGGAGAGUUCCUGUAGAAACCGUUUAUUUAGGUACAGUAAAUCUCGAAGCAUAAACAAGAAGUUACGUAAGUCUGCUUGCCGGCCUACACGGAAAACGAUAAUAACAAAGAAGUUUCCUAAACAUGAAGCUAUUGGCAAGAUCAAAUGCGGAAAUCCUCUUGAGGUAAACGAAACCGACAGUGAUGAAGAACACAAUUCUCAUGAUGAUAAAAUGGAUAUAGAAGCUGCUAAUGCUGAUGUCGAACCUGUGGAGGAGUAUGAUAUGAGUUGA